CAGCACCUUUCUGCCCGGGUCCCUCCUGUCACCCCGGCCCACGUGGGUGUGGGAGCGGCAGUGACGUGGGUGACGUGGGUGCCCCCCGCCGUGGGCACCCUUCCCGAGGGGCGCAGGGAGGAUGUCCUCUCCACAACCACUGUCCCCGGCGGUGGCCUCGGCCACGGUGGCCUCCAGGCGGGCGCUGGCGGUGCUGGCAGGGCUGGCAGAGGCUCUGGGGACACCGAGGGCGGUGGCCUCAGUGCUGGCGGAGGCCAAGGCAGUGCUGGCGGAGGUGGAGGCGGCGCUGGCAGGGCUGGAAGCGGCGCUGGUGGCAGCGAUGGCGUCAGCGGCGACGGCGACGCCGGAGCUCAGUGCCGAGGGUCUUUACCGGGCGCUGGCGGCGGUCGCUGAGGGCAGCGCCGCCGAACUGGAGCGGGAGCUGAGGCGGAACCACCGGCACUGCUGGGGGCUGCGGCUGGGCCGGACCGUCGCCCUGGUGCUGAUCCUCCUCUGUGCCCCUCUGCUGUCCCUGGACGUGGUGCGGGAGGCGUUGGGGGUGACCCAGGAGAGCCACCUCGUCCCCUCCUUGGCCACCGUCGUCCUCUUCUGCCAGGUGGCCCUGUGGGGCGCGGGGACAUCCAAGCGUCACUUGGCCACCGCCGCCCGUCACCAGCGUCACCAAGCCCUGCGCUACCACCACCUGGCCCGCGACGCCGCCGCCGCCACCGCUGCCACCACCGAGGCCACCGAGGCCAUCGCCGCUGCCAACGUCACCUUGGGGACGCUGGAGGAGGUGGCCGGUCACCUGAGGAACCUGGUGGACGCUGUCACCCAGGACCUGGAGAUGGGGCAGGGCUUCCCUGCCAGCGCCCGGGCCUUGGGGGACGCCGUGGUGGCCUUGGGGACAGCCAUGGGGGACAAGGAGGGGACGGAGAGGUUGGCCCGAGCGCUGGAGGUUCUGCCGGAGGACGAGUAGGGACGAGGAUGGGGGACACCAGGAGGGUCCUGCUUGUCCUGGGGACACACUGAUGUCCCCUGUCCCGUCUGGGGACACCAGUAGGGUCCUCCUCAUCCUGGAGCCACCAGGAUGUCCCUUCUCCAUCCUGGGGACACUGGGGUGCCCCCUGUCCCAUCUGGGGACACCAGUAGGGUCCUCCUCAUCCUGGAGCCACCAGGAUGUCCCUUCUCCAUCCUGGGGACACUGGGGUGCCCCCUGUCCCAUCUGGGGACACCAGUAGGGUCCUCCUCAUCCUGGAGCCACCAGGAUGUCCCUUCUCCAUCCUGGGGACACUGGGGUGCCCCCUGUCCCAUCUGGGGACACCAGUAGGGUCCUCCUCAUCCUGGAGCCACCAGGAUGUCCCUUCUCAGUCCUGGGGACACUGGGAUGUCCCCUGUCCUGCCUGAGGACACCUGGAUGUCCCUCGUCCUGGGGAGACCAGGGGGACACCAGGAUGUCCCCUGUCCCACCUGGGGGUGUUGAGGAUGUCCCCUUUGUGGUCCAAGGACACCAGGGACGGGUUGGUGACACCGUUGCCCAUCUCCCCAAUAAACCUGAGGGACACGCUGA